AUGGGCACAGAGGUGAACGCGCAGGAGAACUUCAACUCACCCUACGUGGACGCCAUCUACGACAUAUCUGAAAUAAUCAUAAGAAGAAUGCUUCGACCUUGGUUGCGAAAUGACUUUGUUUAUUCUUUCACAAAAGACGGAAAGAGAUACAAAGAAUGUCUGGAGAUCCUGCACUCCUUUACAACUAAGGCAAGGUCACGAUACGACUUCUGCAAGUCUGUGUUGGACGCUUUUCCUUCUCGGGAAUUAUCCGGAAGUGCAGGCGAGCACACAUUUCCAGCGGGAUCUCACGCGACUCUGCACAUCUACCAGGCGCACCGCAACCCCAAGUACUUCCCUGAUCCCGAGAAGUUCAACCCCGACAACUUCCUGCCCGAGCGCGUGCAGGGCCGCCACCCGUACGCCUACGUACCCUUCAGCGCAGGCUCCAGGAACUGCAUAGGGCAGAAGUUCGCGCUGCUGGAGGAGAAGACGGUGCUGUCGGCCUAA